CAAGAUCUGUAGGGUUUGUUUUAGACCAGUAUCUUAGCAUUCUAGUUGCUACGCAUAUACAGGCUAUCACUGAACGCCACGGAAAUGAAGGAAUGACCCCUAAGACUGCAACUUCGUCCUAGUUAUGGGUAGCUGAUGAGCAAUGAACUCGAUUCUCCUAGAAACAACAUCGACAACAUAACAAAGGCACAGAAAUUGUUUCAAAUUCCCCAUUGUGAGUGAACAACUGCGUGGAUCAGAAGCUGAGCUGACGAAGAAAAUGAAACCAUUACUAUUGGCCUUUGGGCUUGCAACCCUUAUAUCUAUAAUUGAGGCCAAGAAAGAUGGAGGGGAAAAACAACUACCUUGGAAAGUCGUGAGGUUCAGUAGCCGCCUGCGGUCCCAAGUUCCGUCUAAUAUUGAAGGAAAACCCGUCCCUGACGACCAAUGGUUCCCUCAAAAUCUGGACCAUUUCCAUCCCACGGAUGAUCGGAUGUGGAAGCAGAGAUACUUUGUAAAUGACACCUUCUACAAGAAGGGAGGGCCUAUCUUUCUUAUGAUUGGUGGAGAGGGAGAGGCCAAUCCUAUUUGGAUGGUGGAGGGUACAUGGAUCGACUAUGCCCGUGAAAUGGGAGCGCUUUGUUUCCAGCUAGAACACAGAUUCUACGGUAAAAGCCAUCCAACAACUGACAUGAGCGUCAAGAACCUUGCCUACCUGUCGUCGGAACAAGCCCUCGGCGAUUUGGCGACUUUUAUAAGCGGCAUGAAUCAAGCACGCAACCUUACCGGUUCCAAAUGGAUUGCGUUCGGAGGAUCGUACCCUGGUUCAUUGGCAGCUUGGUUGCGACUUAAGUAUCCUCACCUGAUUCACGGAUCGGUAUCCACAUCUGGGCCUUUGUACGCUAAGGCUGAUUUCUUUGAAUACCUUCAAGUUGUGAGACAAGCUCUGAAAGUGACGGACCCCGAAUGUGGACCCGCUUUGGAGGAUGCCCUGCAAAAAGUGGAUGUGCUUAGUCGUCACCGAACUGGAUGGGCCAUGAUUUCUAAAAAGUUCAACCUUUGUACCCCAUUCGACUCGACCAAGAAGCAUGACAUGGCCAACUUCUUCGAGAAUUUGGUGGGCAAUUUCGAGGAUGUUGUUCAGUACAAUAAGGACAAUCGCGCCUUUGAAGGUGUGGCCAACACCAAUGUCACCAUCAAGACCUUAUGUGAUAUCAUGACCGGUAAAACGGUUGAGGCCAAGGACACCACAUCCAAGUUCUUCCACAACCUGGAUGGUGAAUUCCGGACCCUGAAAGCCAAAUUCGAUCGACGAACGGACACUGAGGGUUUGGAAGAUUUCUUCAAGUCCUAUCUUUCCGAGAAAAUCGUCGAGUACAAUGUUCAAAGUAGCACCCUCCAAAGGCUUGCCAGUGUCAACCAGUUCAUGUUGAAGAUCACGGGUCAGACUUGCAUGGAUCAUGAGUAUAAGACGAUGAUUGACCUCUUGAAGCAAACCAAUUGGGAAAGUGAGGCUGGGGUUGGAGGACGCCAAUGGUUGUAUCAGACUUGUACCGAGUUCGGUUGGUACCAAUCCUCUGACCAACCUGGACACCCUUACACGCCGUACUUUCCCAUUGAGUUUCUGGAGAAACAAUGCACGGACAUUUUUGGGUCCAAAUAUGACUUGGCCUUGCUGCAAAAGGGUAUUGACCAGACCAACAUCAUGUACGGAGGCAAAGACAUUCAAGUGAGCAAUGUGAUCUUUGUUCAUGGAUCGAUAGACCCUUGGCAUGCCAUGGGCAUAACCAAAGAUAUCAGCGAUCAAACCAAAGCCAUCUUUAUUCAAGGCACGGCCCAUUGUGCUAAUAUGUACCCCGAGAGCCCUGAGGAUCCACCCCAACUCAAAAUGGCGAGAACGAAAAUUUUCGGCAUGAUUCAAGAUUGGCUGAAAGCUUAAUCUUCGGAACUGACAAAUGGACAUCACUCAACCUAGGAGUUUCAAAGGAAAGUCUGCGCACUAAGAAACAAAUCAGGGUUUCCCUCCAUUUCUCCUCAAUUCGUUUCUGUUAAUAAUAAAGUAUUUCGCGUAUGUCGCUA